AUGAUGUUUGUCGUUGGCUAUGGAAGCGCUGGUGGUGGUUCAGUGUCGCAUUCUCUUGGAGACAGCCCCCAAAGACGACCAAGGACGGAAAACAUUGCAGACAGCAAGCCCAGAUAUGUGCAUCGCCAACAAGCUGCCCACUCGCAUCUACGUCCCGGGUCUUCCAGCGACGAGCCGCCGCUCUGCAUGCUUGCUUCCCAGCAUGUUUUCCUUCGAGCUGCCACUCCUGUUGGCUGCUUGUCGUUGACUUGCAGCUCACGCCUUCAUCUUAUUGGUGGCCUUCGACAUUCUCACCACACGAUGCCCACUCUGGACGGUCGUCAGCUGCUUCGUUUCUAUUCGCUCCUCGAGUCUGAGACCAGUCGCGCCCAGCAUACUCGCAGCAGUGGCGGUGAUCGAGAGCAACCAGACAAAGUGCCAUUUCUCAAAUACCCCUCCACCUUGGUCUUCCUCCAUGGUGCUAUCGUGGCUUACCAGAGGCUGGGACUGCAUUUUACACACUUCCUAUUGGGAGAAUAUCACCCCUCGUUUCUCCUAUUAUGGGCAAGCCCGUUGUCCAGAGUGCUGACACUCUGA